UUUGCCUUGGCAACGCUCUUCGCUCGUACUGACUGAGCAUGCCCAGAGAAAGCAGGUGGUUACGUGUUCACGCCAAGACUGUGCGUCGAGGUUUCCCAUGAUGCACCGCCGAGUGCUGUGUUCCAGUUUAUUUCAGUGAGCUGCCAGGCGAGGAGAGUAGAGAAAGAAGUACGACAGGAGCCCCGUCGCUGGGAUAAAAACUCGCAGGAACAUGCCGUUCCGCUCCCUACUCCAUCUCCCGAAAGGCCUGUGAGUGUCUGAAAGCCACCCACCGUCUCUUCGGAAGAAUCCCCCGCCGCCGACCCGCUCCGGCCAGGCAAUGACAGCGGCCUCGGCAACACCGCAGCAGUUGAGAGACCGGCUGCUGCAGGCCGUUGAUGGCCAGAGCAACCAGAUCCGUAACAUGGUGGCAGUAAUGGAGGUCAUCUCCAGUUUGGAGAAAUAUCCUAUCACCAAAGAAGCACUUGAGGAAACCCGACUAGGGAAGCUCAUCAACGAUGUAAGGAAAAAGACCAGCAAUGAUGAUCUUGCCAAGCGUGCCAAGAAGCUGCUGCGGAACUGGCAGAAACUUAUCGAGCCCGGUCAGAACGAAACCGUGCCAAAAGGGGCGCCUGGCACGCCGGGCUCUGCUAACGGGGGAGCUCAUCCCUGCAGGCAGGAUAUCUCACCUCCCAGUGCCACGACCGUGUCCAAACCAGUGCCGGAACUGAGAAACAGAAAUGACAUUCAAAACACAUACUCUCCCAAAGUGGAGAAAUCGGGGAACCGCAAACGAAAGGGAGAGCAAAGAGACAGUCCCCUUCCGCUGAAAAUUUCCAAAUCAAACUAUGAACAGAUCCAGAAUUCUACCCCUCCCCCUACCAACGGUAUCAGCGGCAGUCCGGAACCUUUUCCCAGUCCUCUGGAUGCCAACACGCUUUCUGAGAAGACCAGGUUGGAACAUCAGGAGAACGAUAAACACAAUAAAAUCCCAGUCAAUGCUGUGAAACCUCACACCAGCUCUCCAGGACUUGUGAAACUGCCAAGCACUUCCUCUUUGCUCAAGACUGCGGUAUUGCAACAGCAUGCAAAAAAGGAUGAAGGAGGAGGGCAAUACCGGCCUAAAAGCCCACGAUGCCCCUCUUUCAGUCCUAGAAGUAUUAAGCAAGAGACUCUGGCUAAGCAGCCGACCACGUAUGAACCUAAAGGUACUGUUUCAAGCCCAUCUCGAGUAUCUAAAUUCCUGGACACCUCACAUGUGCCAUCCCCACAGCCUUUACCUUCUCCUCAGCCUUCAACUCCCCCUAUUCCAUUGACGAUGAAUGAGGGACACGAGACUCCAGCACCUGAGCAUUGGCCUGGGAGGAUGGAUCUUGAUGCCCAUCAUCUGUACAACACCCCACACGAAUCCCCACACGGCUCCAAAAUACCCCAUAACCUGGAAUGUACAAUUCCUCAAAGUCUCUCUUCUGAAAGAAUAGACAGCGAUAAUGCAGCUUCAGGCUCCGACGGGAAAAGGAAGAAGAAAUACAGAUCCAGAGACUACACUGUAAACUUGGACGGACAGCAGGUCAUAGAAGAGAGCACAAAACCAGUCAGGUUAAAAGAACGAAAGCUUACUUUUGACCCGGUUACAGGCCAGAUCAAGCAUUCGACCCAAAAAGAUUCUUUCCAGGCGGAAGAAUCACUCCCGCCACCACCGGCUCCACAGCCGGAGCCGCCCAGGACAGAACCGACUAAGCAGGAGCCCAACGCCCCCCUGCCCAGUCCCUUUCAACAGACAAACUGGAAAGAGCUGUCCAGAAACGAAAUCAUUCAGUCAUACCUGAACAGACAAAGCAGUCUGCUCUCUUCGUCUGGGACGCAGACUCCCGGCGCUCACUUUUUCAUGACAGAAUAUUUGAAACAGGAGGAGCAUAACAUUAAAGAAUCUCGAAAGACUCAUGUUUUAGUACCAAACAGCUCCCACACAGACUUCCCUGGGGCUAGUAGAGAGGUCACACAGGAGGACCUCCGUCGAAUACACCAGCAGAACUGGCCUGGAGUCAAUGGCUGUUUCGAUACGAAAGGUAACUGGUAUGAUUGGACACAAUGCAUAUCUUUAGAUCCACACGGCGACGAGAGUAAACUAAAUGUACUGCCGUACGUCUGCUUGGACUGAACACAAUCUCGUUUUUGUUUUUUUGUAACACUUCAGAAAUAAAGCCCUUCCAGGGUUACAGGCUGCAUGCCCAAGAGGAAGUGAGCCUUGUGGCACGCCAAGACCGGCAGUAAAGGGUAUGGAGGGGCCGCUCUGUACAACUCAGAUACAAACCCCUCUGUAAUGUGCUGCUACCAACUUCCUAAACGACAAGCGCGGUUACAAUGGCUUUGGAAAUAGGAGUUGGUCCAGCCAGUUUCUGAAAAAAGGAAUAAUCUAGCCUGCAAGUUAGGUGGGGUAAAAACUCCAGAAUUGUGAAAUCAGUAGUGUGGCAGGUAAAGCUUUAUGUCAAAAUGAAUAAAGAAGUUACCUUAAUAAGAAUGCAUCUAUUUAUUGAUUUUUUUUUUUUUUUUUUUAUUAUUAUUUGGCAGUGAGGAUUUUUGAGUUUAUACAAGAAAUGUGCAAAAACUGUAGAGCUGUUUGCAUCACGCAUCCUCUGUUUGACAUCCUCUGCAAAACGAAGAGGGGCCCCCACAUUCCAUACAGCUUCCUACACACACACACACAACAUUAACAACACAUUGGCUUUUACAAACUUAAAAUAAGUGGUAUUUGUAUUUUCAGUCACCACUAAUAUAUAUAUAUAUAUAUAUAUAUAUAUAUAUAUAUAUAUAUAAUAUAUAUAAUUUAUUACAUACACACACUUUUCUUUUUUUUUGGUUUUUUGCUUGUUACGUUUUUCUGCUUGGUAGAUUUAACUUUAUUUUUUGGUUUUUUUCCGAAGCCCAAAAAUGGCAAAACAGAGGGUGCUACUAAGUUGCAACUUUGUACUGUGAGAAUUAAAAAAUGUAAAAUGAAAAAAUAAAUCUGUUUGUAUGCUGGAAUAUACUUGUUACCAUUCCUUUAGAUAUUGUUUGCCUUAUGAAAAAGAAACCCAUCAUAACACAAUUUACAAAUACAAAGAGCCUUAGUGAAUGUACAGACAUUUAGACUUCUGUGAAUCAUGAUACAGAAGCGAGCGACUUUGCUAUUUGGUCCUUUUAAGUGGACGCGUUGUGAUAUAAAUGUGGAAAUUUAAUAAUAAUAAUAAUAAAAAAAAGUUGCACAAAAUGUC